AUGCUACGUAAAAAUAUUGAAUUUAUCUCUCGUAAAGUUUUUAGUUGUAAGAAGUUGUUAGUGAGGAAGUCUGCAUUGUUUAUAAAUGGCCCAAAAGCCAGUGAGACAUUUGUCUUUGUGACUCCCCAUGUUGAUAUACCAGAACUAAUCAAACAAAAGCCUAUUAUACAGGAACAAUUGGAAAAUAGACAAGCUAAUAUUGAUUUCCAAAAGGUGGAGAACCUCUGGGCCGUAUAUGAAGAGUUAAAGAAGCAGAAAUCAGAUUAUGAUAAAAAGAAAACUGAGAUUUCCCAGCAAUUGGGAAAGUUAGUAAAGAGUGAGCCUGACAGUGAUGUUACUAAAAAGUAUAAAAUCCAAAGUGAUUUGGUCAAAGAAAAUAUUAAAAAGUUAAAGGUACCUUUAUGGUCUGCUGAAGAAGCCGUAAUGCUUGAAGUAUUAAAACUACCAAAUAGUUUACAUCCAAAAAUACCACUUAAGGAAUAUCAAGUUAUACAUAGUCACAGUACCACUCCAAAUAAUGAUAAAGACCAUUUGACAAUUGGCCGAGAAAAAAACCUGAUAAACUUUAAGAAGAAUGAAAAUUACUACCUUACAGGGGAUGCAGCUAUCUUUGAACUUGGGGCAAAAUUUUACUUUAACAAUGUUCUAAGAGAUAGUAAAUUUAUUCAGUUUUCCAAUCCUGAUUUUGUGAAGAGUGUAAUUGUGGAAGGCUGCGGAGAAGAUCACACAGACCCAGAUGCCACAUUUAUUCUGCACCAUAAUGAGGAUACCAAAGUGAAUCCUGACAGCAGGCUGCAUUUGACUGGAGGGGCUUCACUCUGUUCUUUCUUCGCAUACCACGCUAAAAAUGUCUUGUUUGCAAAAGCCCUGCCAUUGAACUACUUUUCCAUGGGGCGUCAGUACAUACCAUCACCAACCGAAGAAGACAGCUUAUUUCAUGUCAGCCAGGCUUCCGUUGUUCAAAUCUUCAAUGUUACAAAAGAUGCUAAAGAAUGUGACAUUUCCCUUGAAAGAAUUAUUGGAAUUCUCAAAGAUGCUUACACCGAACUAGGCUAUCAUUACAGAAUAGGCUUUGUUCCAGCUCAUGAACUAGCCAUGUGGGAAUCCCUAAGAGUAGUAGUAGAGAUGUACUCGAGCUCUAUGAAGAAAUAUGUGAAUGUUGCCGAGAUCUCUGUCAGUGGAGACUUUAUAAGCAAGAGGCUCAUGUUUACAUACACUGAAAACAAGGAGUCGAAGUUCCCUCACAUUAUUUCUGGUACAAUUCUGAAUGUACCAAAAUUAUUAGCCUGCGUUCUUGAACAAGAUUCAGAAUUUUCAAUUCCUGAUAUGUUUAGAAUAGAGAACUGGUCAAUGAAAAGUUGAAUAAUAAAAAGGAACAAAAAAGCAAUUUAUUUUAUAAAAUAACAAUUUAUACAUUUGGUUUACUAUGUAGCUAGAUUAUAAAUAUUGGUUAUAAAUCGAAUUGGAAUUCUGUUCUCUUCCAAUUUGGGUUUUCAAGAUCAACCGGGUUCUGUAUGCUUCCCUCAAUUAUAUCUAAAUGCCCUGUCUUUGUUAGGAGCACUAUUGUAUGUGUCCUGUAGAAAUAAAA